UUUAAUUGAUCAUCAAGCGGAAAGCUGCCAUGUUCCCGUGUUGUUACUCCAAACCGGCGGACAGCGACGGGAACGGCGGCGGGAGGAGGAGCUCUCUGACCAAGCUGCUGCUCGGAGUGUUCGUGGUGUACAUGCUGCACACCGCCUGGCUGCUGUACGGCUUCCUCAACACCAGAGCCUGCGAUGGAGGCAGGGGGGAGCCGUGCAUCACCUCCUACCUGACAGCCAGACCCAGACUGCAGAUGAGCGUCUAUACAUGUCUGGUGCCAGACAACAGCCCGCUCAACCUGGAGGUGAAAAUCGACCCCUUUGACCCUCACUCUACAUUCAAGAGGCAGGUGAACGUGUCGCUGCCAGAGGAGACCCGGGCCAACGGCUCUCUGUAUGCAGUGGUGUAUGUUCACAGAGCCGGCGUUUCACCCCUGGAGGACAGCAGAGAGGUCCACUACGCAGCCCAGCUCACCACCUACAUCUCCCCUCCACACCGGAAGGGGCGCAAGGGCCCCGGUCCGAGACCCGAGCAGCCGGUGUCCCACUGGAGGCCUCACCUGUCGGUCACCAUGAUGUCGGAGGACUUCACCUUCAGCAAGGCGGGGCUUCCCGGUGACGUGCGCCGCUACAUGAGAGUCUCUCAUGAAGGCAGACAGAUGAUCUACCUCCCCCUGCUCCUGGUCAACGAGCUCAGCUUCCGAGUCAGAGACCUCAUGGAGAUCAGCAGCAGCACCGCUCAGCUCCCUCUGACUGUGUCCUACGAGGGAAUCUCCCUGCGAGGAUUCAGGUUCUGGGUCCAUCUGCAGGACAUGGUUUACUCCCUGAGACAGUUUGGCUUCACCGAACAGAAUAUCGAUGAGAUCAAAGAAACUCUGGUGGGAUCCAACCUCUACCUUCUAGUGCUGACGGCAGUUAUCACAGCCGUACAGCUCAUCUGUGAAUUUCUGGCUCUUAAAAAUGACAUCAGUGCAUGGAGGAAGAAGAAGAGCAUGGUGGGAAUGUCCAGGAAGUCAGUUUUGUGGCGCAGUUUUAGUACGCUGCUGAUCUUCCUCCACCUGCUGGAGGAGACCAGCCUGCUGGUGCUGCUGCCCGUGGGGCUGGGAGCCUGUGUGGAGGUGUGGAAGGUGUUCAGAGUCUUUAAGAUCCAGCUGCAGUGCAGAAGCAGCAGGCUGCAUGUGAGUAAGCUGGAUGAAGAAGAGAGGAAGACCGUGGAGUUCGACAGACAGGCGUCCAGAUACUUGUCCUACUUGGUGUAUCCUCUGUGUGUCAGCGGCGCCGUCUUCUCGCUGGCCUACUUACGGCAGAAGAGUUACUAUUCCUGGUUGAUCAACACGCUUGUGACCGGGGUUUACGCCUUCGGCUUCCUGUCCAUGGCCCCUCAGCUGUUCAUCAACUAUAAGUUGAAGUCUGUCAGUCACCUGCAGGGGACAGUGUUGAUGUACAGAGGAGUGAACACGCUCAUUUCAGACCUGUGCUCCUGCGCGUCCUUCGUCUCGUCCUCGGCGUCUUUCUCCUCCUCUCACCAGCUGUCCUGCUUCAGGGACGAGCUCCUCUUCCUCCUCUACCUUUACCAGCGCAGGUCCUUCGUCGCCAAACCCAGAAGAAGAGAGUCGGUCAGCCACACCAAGAAAGUCAAGACUCAAUGACAGGAAGACGAGCUGAUCCCUUCAGAAACACGUGCACA